AUGGAAGUUACAGAAAUGUGUAUGGUGAGGUGGAUGCGUGGGCACACAUUGAUAGAUCGAAUUAAGAACCAAGAGUUUAGGGACAAACUAGGGAUAGCCCCAGUUUCUGGAAAAAUGCGCAAAAAUAGAUUGAGGUGGUUUGGACAUGUACAGAGAAAAACUUUCGUCGCCCCUGUAAGGAGGGUAAAAAGCAUUAUAGUAGAGGGUAAGAGGAGUCGAGAAAGAUCCAGGAGAACAUGGGAUGAGCAAAUAAAAGUUGACUUACAUGAGUUAAACCUCUCUAAGGGCCUGAUUAGGGAUAGAGAUAGUUGGAGGCGUCAUAUCCAUGUUGUAGUCUACUGA